UAAACGGAAGUGAACACAAGAACAAUUUCCACGUUUGCGUUUUUGUUGUUAUUUAGAUGUUUAUUAACACCCUGGAAUUCAAAAUAUGAAUACGUUAACUGCAUAGCAUCACAUACUUACGACAUGUAGUCUUUAAUUCGCGUUGGAGACAGGACUUGGUUGAUAAGUGUUCUCUAGGUAACGCUAGCUAGCUAGUUGCUAACGUUAGCUUACAAUGGCUAACUGUAUGGUUUUUCACACUCAAAUAGCCUCCAUCAUGGAGGUUCUAGCAAAUGCAGCCGUGUCAGAGAUCUGUAAACUCGUAGACGACGACUAUGCAGUGUUUCGUUUGGAAAUAACUCAAAGCCAGAAAGAAAACAGGGCAUUGCGGAGGAGACUACAGCUACUUGAGCUGAAGGUGUCACGGGAGCGCGUCCUCGCCAUUCGACCCAGUAGUGUAAAAAUCCUCGACAAAUACAGAGGAAUGGCAAGAGGUACAUUUUGCAUAAGGCAGGCGUUGUCGCCCCGUUCCCAGCUGCACAUGUGUCAUCGGUGUUACCCAGAAUUUGGUCUUGGUGAAGGACAUCUCACUGGAGGCCACAGGAGUUUUGUGAAGCCAGCGGGACACAAUACAUGGAGAGAUGACCAACCAAUCGCUGUUGAUGAGGGGAGUGGAACCUCAACCCAGCAUGUUAUUGUGAUAGAGUCUGCAGAUGCAGAGGCUGCAGGUCUUGGGGUCAAGCUGGAGAGGUCUGAAGGAGAGGAGGACCCACGGCACAGCAGAGACUUCCAGACUCGUGCGGCUAGAGAGCCCCCUGUAGCCAUAGAGGUCCCCACCACUGCCCCAGUGCGGCCCAGGACCCGACGAAGCAUCACGGAGGAGGAGGAGGGUCUGGGGAACCCUGAGGGAACCAUGGUCAUGGAGGACAACCAGACUACACCACCUCCUGAACCCACAGAGGACCCAGCUGAGCCACACAGGACCACACACAGUAUCAAUGAGUCAGUAGACAUGGAAGAUGGGAAGCCUGAUUUGCUGCUGGUCAAAGAGGAGACAAUAGAAGACAGACCAGAGAGCAUUGAUCUGCUGAGUGGAGUAAAGAUGGGGGAGCAAGGUGGUUGGCUGGAGGCUAACAGAGAUUGGACGGCCGUCUUGGAUUCCCAGACCGGUGCAGCCAAAGGCCCAGGGGACAACAUCACUAAGCAGGCCAGGAUCAGAGGUGACAUAGUGGAGUCUGCAGUCCAUGAUGAUCUGCUGAUAUCCGGUGUUGCUGGUGGGAGAGACUGGACCUCUGAGGCAGCUGGUCACAAACCCUGGCCCUGGAUCAGAACCCUGGAUCAGGAGCCAUCACGCUUUCUUCCCGAUUCGGAACUAGGACCGAAACACGAGGGACAAAGACUCCACCACCACAUAGAACACAACCAGUGGACAGAUGGACUGAACCACCUCAGUCCUGGUAGUCAUCAGAGAGACGGAGGCUCCAGUCAGGGAUCCAGUCUGCAGCCCAGACCCUUCUCUUCACAUUCUCAGUGCAGGGAUGGAGCAGGGCCUGGGGCUGAUAGAGAUAGACCCUCCUGUUCCUAUGAUACAAACACCACAGUAUCCAUUAUGAACAGAGCAGGUCACCGUGGGCUUCAGCCUUCAGAGAGAGUGGUGGGAGACCCAUCUGGUGGUAGUCUAUCAGCAAGUCUGUCUUCUCCUUCAGGGUCUCAUCUAAUGCCUGGUGACUGGGUUCAUAGAAGGUCUGGACCUGGGUCUAGCCUUCCUCAGUUACCUCAGGUUUACCCCACCAAUACAGACACGGUCAGGAUGGGCGUUCACCCCAAGAGGUACCUAGCCUAUAACACAGAACACAAUCCCAACAACACCCAAACAAUGGCUAGAGGUCAAGGAGGGAGCUCAAAGACUAACCACCUGACGGUGGUGGCUCCUGCUUCUACCUCUGGUGUUAUUGGCUCACAACGUGGGAGGCCAAGUGUUAGGUCGGAUGCAGACAAGCCGCACGCAUGCCCCACAUGCGGGAAGCGUUUCACUGAGGCAAACUAUGUGAAGAGGCACCAGACCGUUCACACCAAGGAGAGGCCCUUCAAGUGCAAACUGUGUUACAAGAGCUUCGCCUUCCUGAGUAACCUUAUCAGACAUAGGAGUGUCCACAAUGGGAAGAAAUUGUAGCAUUGUGGCUUGAGAUGUCCACAGGGCAUAUCUGGGAACCAUUUUUUAGUUGACAUAAUAUAAUUAUCGUGUGAAGUGUCUUGGGGCAAGAGGUUAAUUAAUCACAUACCCCUCAACCCUUUGUUAACUGUGUAAAUACAUGUUUUCAGAGAGACAGUAAACCUAGGCUAGAACAAGGACAGUUGAAUAUUUACCUUACUGAGGUGAUGUAGAUGGGAUAAAGUCAUUCUAUUAUUUUCUACUCUAUUCUUGCUAACAUGCUGUUCUUUCUUAACAAGUCUGCUCUCAGCUGGGAAGAUACUGAUCAUAGGAGAUUUGAUGUGAGAUGUACUAAGCAGUACCGUAUUUCAAAGAACAGUGAGCAUACCUUUUUUGUUUAACCACCCCCUUUGAGCUAUAACGCCAACCAAAAAAUACCCUCUUCUUCAGUGUAAAUGGAAUCGCUGUGUGUAUUAACUGUAGGGGUAGCCAUGUUGCUGGAGAUCAGAAGUGUCCAAUGAGAAAAUGGCAGGUUGAGGUUGCCAGAGUUGGUGUAGUACAGAAGGUGUCGUAUGCUAAGGUAGUGAAGAGAGUAGUAGAGGAAGAUCCAGGGGGAGGGAUCCUAAUAGGUUCCCUAUGAGUAGGCCGAAGUUAAUAUGGAUUCAUAGAGAGUGAUAGGAAUAACAUGUGCUUCAGUUAGCUUGGCUUCUUAGCAUUCAUUGAAAUGGGAUCUAAAUCACAGAAAAUAUAUUUUGUGACAGCUGCAGAGAAGAACUUUACGUGAUUUUACUGCAGACGAUUUACAAGGUGUGUUGAACGAUAGUGUCCCAUCCUCCCAGGCAGCCGGCCUGGUAUAGGAUCAGAUGGGGCCAAAGUGGUGGAAUAGUGAAGUUUUAGGUUAUUUAUUUAUUUUUGUUUUUUUAUAAAUAGGAAGUUUAAUUUUUUUAAAUUAUUAAACACUAACAUACAAAAAACAGAACAGCCAGAGGGAUUACACAAAUAAAUAAUAAUACAAAUCCACAUUAUAUCAAAUUAAAUACAAACAUGUACCGAAUACAUUGACAUUUUGUUUGGCAUACGUUUGAAUGAUUUGUAAAUAUUUUUCCAAAUCAGAUUUUUCUUUAUAAACGUUGAAUUUGUAUGAAAAAUAUUCAAAUAAAAUAGAGAUUUAUGACAUA